UCUUUCAUUCACAUUUUACUAAAGCUGCCUUUUAUCUCUCUCUCGAUUAUGGAGUUCUCUGUGAAGUCAUUUGCAGUGGCGUCCUUCCUGCUGUUGGUUUCCCUAACCACUGAUAUGAGUGGUCCGCUUGUAGUGGAUGCUAGAGGUUGUAACUGGGAUCUUUGUGAACAGCACUGCUCUAGUAAGGGUUUGCCAGCAUGCUGCCCAGGACCAUUUGGCCCGUGUCGUUGCACAGCAAUUUGCCCACGUAAUCAUAUUAAGAGUGGUCCUCCUGUGGUGGAUGGUCAAUUAUGUGACCCGGUUCUCUGUAAAAAAUACUGCUCUAGCCAGGGUUUGCCAUGGUGCUGCCCAGGAGUUGGCUUAUGGCCUUGUCAAUGCACGUUCGCUUGCCCAUUUAAGAAAGAAAUCACUGAGGAGGUGAUGGCUGGUGCAACAGACAGAGAGCCUUUCAUUAAGGAGAUAGUAAUCGCUUGAUGCUUUGCUGCAACAACAGGAGAAUAAAUUACAAUGUAUCUAUGAAGCUGGUUUAAACUGUCUUUAAUUAAAAUAAGUUGUAGAUCUCUGCUGGAUACUACAUUAAACUGGCUUUAGUUAAAUAAACUGUAGUUCUUUGCUUGGAGACUACAUUGUGGAAGCGUACCCGUCUUUAAUAACAAGUAUUAUGUUGUAUAUUUUAAUGA